UUGUGAUAAUAAGGAGAAUGGAAGAGGUUUUUCUUUGUAAGUUAAUGAAGAAAAAAGGCUCCCUAUGCUCUCAAGAAUUCUGUCUAAUAAGAGAAUUCCUCCGUUGGCAACUACAGCAUUCUCAUUUACUUGUUCUCCAAUCGGUGGGUUCAUCUAUCUCCCAAUUUAGACCAUGAUUUUAAGUGCUUAGACGGUGAGCACCAUUAUUUACCUGAUUUU